CCUGUCUUCAUUCUCACCCGGGUUUCUCCCACCUGCCGAGUGGUCUAUAUCCCUCAUACAUUCCUCUGAGUCACCUGGAACCCCAUAACAGCGGGAACCCAUUACUCGCUCAGCUGAGUCAGCACAGCCUCUUCGAGUCCCCAAAAGAUGGAUUUUAUCUUGCUGGGCACGCAGGACAGGCUGCCUUGCAUCCCCAAGCCCCCCCCUCACGGGCAGCCCCCAACCACGCGUCUAGUGCCCUGCUCCAUGAAAAGGACUUUGGGCACCUGCACAGGACCUCCAAGGAAGGCCCCAAAGACCUCGGUGGGAAGGAACGGUCUUGCCGAAGCGACCUCUCCUUGCCUCUGUCCAAGAAGGAUGCCAAGCUGCGCGAGGAGGCCCGGCCUCACAGCGUGGUGGAUCUCACCCAGGACACUAAGCCUGACAGCGAGAGAAAAACGAAUGGUUUCGAAAAGGCCGUUAAGGCUGGGGAGCGGCUGUCCCCUUUCCUUGCGGAACACUUGCCCAGCCGGGGAGUCUUCGGCGGAGAACCAAAGUCCAAAAACCCACUUCAGACCUCUUCGCUCAGCAACUGCAAUGGUGGAGGAAAUGCCCAGGGCCCCGAGCUGGACCGUUGUGCCAAGGACCUCAGCAGACACGAUGAGAAUGUGAGGCCUUCUCCUUACAUGUACUCCGACCGGCUGAAGAAAGUAGAUUCUGCCAUGGGUUCAGUGGCCGCUCUGCACGUUGCCUGCAGUUGUCCCUCUCCAGCUCAGCCAGGGAAGCUCCCCCCACCCUCGGCAUUCCCUCCCCAGCCUGUCCAUUCCAAUAUGUACACCAUCUUCCCCUUGACCAAGGAGCCUGGGAGGGAGCACAAGGUCAUCGCUCCAACCUUUGUGCCUUCUGUCGAGGCUUAUGAUGAGAGAAACGGCCCCAUUCAAAUCGCCUCCCAGGCCCGGGACAUCACCAAAACAAAGGAGAAGGACGUUCCUGCUGCCACCAGAGUAGGUGUCCUGCAGGCGGUACCGGAGAGGUGCCUGGCUGACGCUUCUCGCAACCUUUUGCCCCAGGAGUUCCCCCUCCAUGGAGAUGCCAAGAGGAUGGAAGUCCUGAGGGAGAAAGGUUCAGUGAUCAGGGCGAACUCCAUGGUCUUGAAGAAACAGGGGGCUUCAGAAACCUUCUUGAACAGGCCAAGGUUGAGCUCCCCAGAAAACAGGGAGUUCCUCACUUCGAAAGAUUUGCCCAAAGCAGGCCUGGAGGCAGAACACCGCUCCUGCGAGCGGGACCGUUUUCAAAGGCCUGGCUGCAAAGAAGCAGUGAAGAUUUAUGGCACUUUGGACACCUCCUCCUCCUCCUCCUCUUCUUCCUCCUCCUCCUCCUCCUCCCGCCAGCAUUUAGAUCCCAACCAACAGCUGAAACCUCCUGAACAAAAGUGGAAGCCUUUUGAAAUGGGCAACUUUGCCACAACCCAGAUGGCUGUCCUAGCUGCCCAACACAACCAUGCCAACCGGGUGGAGGAAGAAGCCAAGAAGACCUACCUUGAGCCCAGCAGCCUACAGAGAUCCUCAGUAGUGGGACCCCGGAGCGUGGCAGAGAGCCUCCACCCUCCCUCACAUGGUGAAGGAUCAGCCAUGCAAAGCCUCAUCAAGUACAGCGGUAGCUUUGCUAAGGAGGCGUCAGGACGGCAAGGGGGUGGCAAGAAGAGCCCUUUUGGGGGUCUCGGCAACAUGAAGCUGGACCCUGGCCAACAGCCUUCCCCCAAGGUCCAGCAGUUGCUGCCCCACCAAGCUGGCAAGCAGCUGAAGAAAGAACCUGAACGACCUGAAAGUGCCAAGUCCUUUGGACGGGAGAGCAUUGGGUCUCAAGGGGAGGUGGAGGUUAGACAUCUACCUGUUGGCAUCGCGGUGGCAGUGGCCCGGCAGAAGGACAACAGCAGUGGCAGCAAGCUGGGGCUCGUGGACCGUGAUCGCUCCCUCUCCUUGAGUAAUGUUAAAGGACAUGGACGGUCAGAUGAGGACUGUGGGGAUGAACGGCCACGCCUUCGAGAAAGCCACCUCCUGGCGAGUCGUCUGGAACGAGACCAGGAGAAACUUCUCAGAGAAAGCAAAGAACUGGCUGAUUUUGCUCGGAUACAUCCGGCCACCUGUGCUACAAAUGGCUUAAACUCCAACCUCAUGGUGACUGGGGGGCCACCCCUGACAGGUUCAGGGCGGUGGUCUGGUGACCCAGCACCACACCUGGCGACCCAUCCAUGGUUACCCAGAAGCAGCAGUUCGUCCAUGUGGCUUACUGGCCACCCCUAUGGGCACCCUUCUUUGCACCAAGGCAUGGCUCCUGGCUUUCCUUCCAGCAUGGGGGGAGCACUGCCUUCUGCAUACCAGUUUGCCAGAGAUCCUCAGUCUGGCCAGCUUGUCAUGAUCCCCAGUGAACACCUGACACACUUUGCAGAGCUGAUGGACCGUGCGCCUCCUCUCUGGCCUGCCAUGUAUUCUCCUACCAGGGGCUCCCUCCAGCACGCUCACCAACUCCAGCUCUUAUCUCACCAGCAGCUGAUUCGUCAGCAUGAGCUAUACCUCCUGCAGCAACAGGCUGCACACGCCCAGUUGGUGGAGAGGCUAAAAGCCAGCGAGCAGCGGGCAGAGAUGGAAGAAAAGAUAUCCAAACGGAGCCUGGACAAUGCCAAAUCAGGUUUGCCAACCUCUGGCUCCAGCCUCCUGCACCGGAAGCCCCCAGUUCUGUCUCCAAGCACUUCUGCAUCCUACAAUAAGGCGGUCAGUCCUCCUCCCCUAUCACCCAGAUCCUCCUCCGUGUCGGUGCUCAAAGCUGAGGUUAUCCAAAAGUUGGAGGAACCGCCAAGCCAGCCAACCUAUUCCUAUCCCACUACUCCUAUCACUCAUCCUUCUAGCCCACCUCCUGCUUCUCCACCCCCUGCCCCUGCCCUUCCUCCAAAAGAAGAGGAGGAAACUGAGAACAUGGAGAAGAAAGAGCUGGAGCUGGAAAAAGAGACCUCUGCUUCAUACCAGACUUUGUUUCCAGAAAUUCCAUCAGGCUAUCCAUUUCAGUCCCUUCCAGACACCUUCAGAAGACACUACCCUUAUCUCCUUCAGCCAACAGCUGCAGCAGAUGCAGAUGAGUUGGGCCCAGAUGUACCUCUGCCCACCAGCAAUCCCAAGUGCUUGACUCUUUCUCCGGAGGUGAAGCCCAUUCAUCUUUCCCCAUCCAAAAUUGUCAAACCCAUCCAGGCUGUGGAGGAAGAAGAAUCACUGGAAGAACGGGUGAAAACUGAGAUGGAGAUGACCAAUAGCCAGGAAGAUAGCAUCUGCGAACAGGAUAUGGAGGCACUGGAUGUGGCAACCUCUGUUGCCCUCCCUGUUCAGGACACAAACGAUUGUGGUCUUCAGCUGCACCACAGCAAAACCCUCAGGAGUUCAGACCACGAAGAAGUUCUUGAGGAUUGCCAAGCUACCUACCCAGGGAUGUCCUGCUCGGUGGAAAUGGAAGCCCAAGCAGAAGAGACUGAUGACAGUGAAACUUGCGCCGUUCAUGCUGACUAUGGUGGGAGUUUGUUACAGAGAGACACUGAACAGUCUGAGAUGGGACUGGUCCCUCAGUCAGAGAAGUCACCUCUGGCUGUAGAAAUGCCACUCAUCAGUUCUCCCCCGAACAGGGAAUUUCCCAGCAUGCUUCAGGAAGAGGAAGAACCCAUGGCAGAAGCACCCUGCUACAGGAAUGAGAUCUUUUCCUGCUCAGUCCCACCUCUGGACAUCAAAGUUGAUGACCCUUUGGCUGGCAUGAAUGCUUUAGCCGCAGCAGCUGAAUUACCCCAAGCGUGUUCCUUGCUCACCAACAGUGAUGGCGUUACCCAGGAGGCGGUGGUGAACUUAGAAGUGUCUUCCAGCCUGUCGCCAGAACACACCUUUCUGCACGGAAUUACCCUCUUGAGUGAAAUUGCAGAACUAGAGCUGGAGAAAAGGCAGCAGGAAACUGAAGGUCCAGAGAACUUCUCAGCCCAUCCAGCCUUGGAAAGCCUGUUAGCUGCCAGUACCCAGAUGCUGAUGGAAGUUCUGUCAACUCCCUUUAUGGAUAGCCUGAAAAACAUUCGACUGCCUCGAGAACUGAACCCCAAUAAGAAAUACAGCUGGAUGCAAAAGAAAGAUGAGCCGAUGUAUUCCAUAAAGUCGUCCAUUGGGAACAUGGAUGCCAUGGAACUGGAUUACAGGAUGAAGUUAGCUGAGCUGCAGAGGAGGUACAAGGAAAAGCAGCGGGAACUAGCAAAGCUGCAGCGGCGAAGAGACUCUGAGGAAAAGCAUGACGAGAAAAGUAGAAGCUUGGCAAAACGAGGUCCAGGAAGGCCCAGAAAACGGAACCAUGGAUCAAGCGCUCUGUCACCCCCUAAGGAGCGAGGGAAGAGUGACGGCAGGAGUGGAAAGCUGAGCAAAUCCUUGCUGCUUUCUGAAGACUCAGAAAUGGGUGAAGGGGUGGAGGAAAAGCACAGAGGACUUCUCUUGGAUGAGGAAGAGGAGGGAGAGAACAGGAGUGGGAAGACGAAGACCAGGCAUCGGAGUUGGGAUGAGCAAGAUCUCUUGAUGAACUUCUCCAGUGAGCUCAAGAUUAAGAAGAAGAAGGUGGCAUCUGAUCAGGAACAACUGGUGAGCAAGCUUGACAAAGCCCUGUCACUCACCAGGCGCAGCAAGCUGAAAUCCCCUUUCAAGUUUGUGGAUGGCUCCGGGGGGAGGCAGAAAAAUGGCGGCUGUUACAGCAACCGAUACCUGUCCCCCCAUGGUGCCUUGUUUGGCAAGGAUGCAAAGAAGAACUUGGCUAAAAGCCUGACCUUCUCGUUGAAAUCCUCUAAAGAAGGUAAAAACAAAAUGGCUGUCAAAAUGAAGAAGUUAGAGGUGGGGCUAAAAAUGAAGGGCCCCCUGAAGGUUUCCAAUUCACCAGCAAUAUCUGAAGUUAGCAGUUAUUCCUACAAUACAGAUUCUGAGGAAGAUGAGGAAUCCCUGAAGGACGAGUGGUCUUCUCAUUCCCCGACCAGUGCCAGGAUGAGACCCUCCAGCCUCUAUAGUGUAAUGGCCCGUAAAUGCAGCAGGAUCUCUGGCAUCUUCAAAGCUAGAAAGAAGAACAUUUCCACAACUAGGACUCUCAAAUCUAAAUUGGCUGCAAACAGAAAGCAGGAAUUUUGUUUACUGCCCAGAGAGGCCAAAGCUGGAUCGUCAUACAGUGAUUCUUCGGAGGACUCAUUCGAUCAAGAUUCUAGCUCAGAGGAAGAAGAGGAGGAGGAGGAAGAAGAUGAUAACGAAGAAGAAGAAGAAAUGGAAGGCUACGGAGCAGUGGUCAGUGACAGGCUUUCACCACCUGCUUUGGAUGAAAGUGGUUUGGGACUCCUGGCCAGGUUUGCAGCCAGCGCUAUCCCAAGUCCCAUAAUUGUGCCUUCAGUGUCCAUUGUCCAACUGGAAGCCAAACAGAAAGCAAAGAAGAAGGAAGAGAGACAAAAUCUGAUGGGGACAGAGUUUGAAUAUACAGACUCUGAAAGCGACGUGAAGAUCCGGAAGAAGUCUCCAGCUGGUUUACUGCAUGGAAAGAAAGGAUCAAUAGAGCAAGGUCCAUUGGCAAGCACUGUAGACACCUCCUCAGGCAACAGUUUGGACAAGACCAAGAUGGCACCUGAGAAGAGCCGGAAGCUGAAGAAAUUCAGAUCACCCAAGGACCUGAGUUUUGAGUUUGGGCUGGAGGUGAGUGAUGAUGAUCCCUGGAAUCGGCGACGGAGCGAGCGGAUUUUCCUUCAUGACGCCACCACGUCAGCUGGCUUGGCCUCCACCACCCCAGCUAGCUCAACUCCUGUUUCCAAAAGUGGACGCUGCAUGAAGGGGACCCCUUUGAGCCCCAAGAAGGAAGGGAACAAGGGGAAGGAGAGGAAAGAAUUAAGCAAGAAGAAGAAGAAUAAAGAAGGGGCCUUCUGCCCUUCCACUGGCUCAUCUUCCUCCUCUUCUUCCUCCUCUUUGCUUUCUCCUCUGGGCAUCGCCAGCUCCCUGCCGGACAUUCGUGCUAGCUUAACCAGCUCUUUGACUUCCAACAAGAAGAACAAGGGCAAAGCGAAGACGAAGGAGGCAAAGAAAGAGACCCGAGGGAAAGGAGGAGCCGUGAGCAAACUGAUGGAAAGCAUGGCUGCUGAGGAAGACUUUGAGCCCAACCAGGACAGCAGCUUUUCCGAGGAUGAGAACAUACCCCUGAACUUGCUCCUGGAAAGGCCCCUUACUCCAGCUCCCCGUUCUUGCAUCAUCGACAAAGACGAACUGAAAGAUGGCUUAAGAGUUCUCAUCCCCAUGGACGACAAGCUGCUCUACGCUGGGCACGUCAAGACUGUUCAUUCUCCUGACAUAUACCGAGUUGUUGUGGAAGGAGAGCGCGGGAACCGCCCUCACAUUUACUGCUUGGAACAGCUGCUCCAGGAAGCAAUCAUUGAUGUGAAACCCCCUUCCGUGCGGUUCCUUCCAGAAGGAGCACGAAUAGCUGCCUAUUGGAGUCAACAGUACCGAUGCCUCUAUCCAGGGACAGUUGUCCGAGGUGUCCAUGAUCAAGAGGAAGAUGGCGAUUUGAUCACUGUGGAAUUUGAUGAUGGGGACACCGGGCGGAUUCCUUUAUCUCACAUCCGGCUUCUUCCCCCUGAUUACAAGAUCCAAUGUGCUGAACCCUCUCCUGCCCUCCUGGUGCCCAGCACGAGACGCCGCAGCCGUAAAUCCAGUAAGGACAUGGGAGAAGGAAAUGGGAUGGAAUCCGAGGAGUCGGGAGCCAAAGGCAAAGGGCGUGGAAGGAAGCCAAAUAAGAAACAGAAAACAGAAGAAACCGUCCUGGCAGAUCAGACCAUCCAGGGGGCAAACUCUCCUCUUGUACCAGAACUGCCGGUUUGCAAGCAAACUGCCAAAAACUCCAAGAAGGUCCAGCCGAUCCCUUCCAGGACACCUCCAGCUCCAGUAGAAGAAAAACAUCACAGCAAAGGGGGCAAGGGAAAGAUUUCUGCCAAGCUCCACAGCCCGGUCCCUGCCCCCUUCCAGGCGCCAGUGUUUGGCAACGUUCGUGGGAAUGAACCCUACGCUGGAGCUUUUGGUCCUUCCAGUAGCUCCUCAGGGAAAGUGAAAUCAAAAAAAGGAAAAUCCACGGAGGAGGCACAAGAAAUUGGGUCCACUCCCAAAGCUCAGAGGAAGAUCCCAGACAGUGAGAUCCUGAUCAAGCUAGACCACGAGGGGGUCAUGUCUCCCAAAACCAAGAAGACCAAAGAGGCAAUGAGGAUGCUGGGGGAGUCAAACCUGGCCAGUAGGAGAGAAGCCAAGAACAUCUUGGGACUCAGCUACAGUUCCAUUGCCUGCCCGAACCCUAAGCAGAAAUCUUCCCGAAGCAAGGUUGUGGAGGGAGAGCCUCCUACGCCUAAUUUUGGGGGCAAGUUUGAUAACUCUGCGGAUCCUCCACCUUCUUCCAAGGCUCAAGAAGACAGUGGUGAACUGGCCCCUGCAAGGGAUGAGUCAGAAAGUAACACUAGUGGCAGCAGUUCAGAUUCUGAAGGAGAAGAAGAAACAGAGAAGAAUGGAGGUGGAGCUCAAGAUAGUAGCUCGGCCAGUUCAAGGGCAUCCACCCCAAUGUCCUCCUCAAACUCCUCCUCCUCUUCUUCCUCCAGCAGUACUAGCUCCUCCUCUUCCUCUUCCUCUUCUUCCUCCUCCUCGUCCUCCUCCACCUCCUCCUCCAGCUCCAGCUCUUCCUCCUCUUCCUCCUCCUCGUCCUCCUCCACAACAGACGAAGACUCUUCCUGCAGCUCCGAAGAUGAGGCAGCUGAGACCCAACCCAGUGCCUCUUCCACUCAGCCAGCCAUCCCACCCAAGCCAGCCAAGGCAUCAGGGAAGUCUCGAUCAUCUUCACAUUCCCGAAAUCCGAAGGAACCGCAGCAGCAGGUAGUGCAGAAGCAGCAACAGAGUGGGAACAAGAACCGGUGCAAGAAGAGGGAAGGAAUCCACUUGCCCACAACGAAGGAACUAGCCAAACGCCAGAGGCUGCCCUCAGUGGAGAACCGCCCCAAGAUUGCAGCCUUUCUACCUGCACGGCAGCUCUGGAAGUGGUUUGGGAACCCCACCCAGAGACGCGGGAUGAAGGGGAAAGCUCGGAAGCUGUUCUACAAGGCCAUCGUCCGUGGGAAGGAGAUCAUCCGCAUUGGGGACUGUGCCGUCUUUUUGUCGGCUGGGCGGCCCAAUCUCCCCUACAUUGGCCGAAUCCAGAGCAUGUGGGAAUCCUGGGGAAACAACAUGGUGGUCCGAGUGAAAUGGUUUUAUCAUCCUGAAGAAACCAACCCCGGGAAGAAACUCAACGAAGGCAAGCGAUGGGAUCAGAAAUCUGCCCGGAGCUUAUCAGCAGCUCUUCAAGCUUCCAGCCAGAGAAAAGACUUCAUGGAGCGGGCCUUAUAUCAGUCCUCCCACGUGGAUGAAAACGACGUUCAGACAAUCUCGCACAAAUGUCUGGUGGUCGACUUGGAACAAUACGAGCAGAUGCUUAAAACGAAGAAGUACCAAGACAGCGAAGAUUUAUACUACUUAGCAGGGACUUACGAGCCCACCACGGGCAUGAUAUUCAACACCGACGGGGUCCCAAUCAUUUGCUAAAUGGCUUUGGGAAAGAAAACGUUGGAGGCACCUCGCACCCUGCCUCUCUCGGAGGAAGAGAAAUGAGACGGAAUGAAAGUUAUGUGCCUGUUGAAACGACAGCAUGAUUGUGUAGUGCUCAGUCACAAUGUUUCCAAAACUAAAAAAAGAGAAAAACCUGCAAGAGAUUUCCCCCCCAUCUCCAGGAGCUUCUUGACAUUAACUCAGAGUGAUGGAUUGGAUUCUGUGGCUCCUGAAAAGAAUGAAGUUGGGAUUUUUAAGAAAAUUAAUUCCCACGUAGGCAGUAGGCUUGUUUUCUGCCCUUUGCAGUACAGUAUUGGACUACAGGCAGCUCCAUCAUUAACCUUUGAGUUUGAACAUUCAUAGGUUAUUUCAUAAGAUGCCAAUAUCUGGGGGGAAUUGGCGUUCUUUAUCUUCAGGGUACCGGUUUUAUCUGCCCUCACCAACUGAAAACUCAACUUGUAGAAGAAUACAUGGUUGGUUUAGGGACAGCUUUGAGCAAAUGCCAAUCAAGAGGUGGGUUGGGCCCCUUUUUUCCCCACCUCUCUAUCUCAAAAAACUGCUCUAGCAGAGGACUGGUGCGAAGAAACAACUGUAGAAGUCACGGCCAAUAAGAUUGUUGCUGGAACAACAGUUGUCCCACUUCCCUUUUGAGUUACAAGGACUAGAGCAGGUGGUCCAGAAAUCCACCGCUGAAUUUCAUUUAUUCUUUUUUGUCACCCUCUGUCUCCAAACACUUGGAAUUAGGAAGGAGCCUCUUUCUCUUCUAAGGAAAUGCUGUUCAACGGAAAUACUUCCUCCCUCAUGUAAAGUAUGUUACUCUACAGUAGGUCCAGCUUGGAAAAAUGGUUCCUCAUCAGACGUUCAUAAAUAUUGGGGGGAAUAUGUAUCUGAAAAAGUAGGCUUGUUCGAUUCCUUGCUACUCCCACCUCAAGAAACAUUUUAAACAGGGCUUGGACAUGGUCAACCAGCCCCUGAAGACUACUGGAUGUUCAUUCGGAGCAAAAUGCUGAAGCGUGCAUCCUUCUUUCUCACCAUUACCAAAACACAGCACUUGCAGGACGCACGUAAUAACCGUUGGUGGGUAGUGCUGGGAAACACGCCUGGGUCUUGUUGCAGGAUCAUCUGCGCAGACCUCAUCCCAGAUUUGCCAUUUCUCAACCAUCCAGAAAUUGAGCUGCUGUUUCCUGCCCCAAGGGUGGAGAAACCUGAACAUUGCCACCUGCCUGAUUCAAGCUGGAGGCAAGGCCCAAAGGUCUGCUUGGGUGUGGGGCUGACGCAAAGGUUCAGAGGAGGCCAGAGAGGGACAUGGUGACGAUGAGAAUCACAGUGUUUUUGCACUUAAGAAAAACCCCAAACUCCUACACUACAAGAGCAAGACACCACAAUUGUUUCUGCUAUGGACAGAUGUACCAUUCCAAGCACUACGACAGGGAGAUGAUUCUACCUAACCUACAUGGACAGGUUUUUCUUUUAUCUUUUGCUAUCUGCUAUGGUACAAGAGGAACGCUACCCUUAGAAUCCUUUCACAACUUCCUUUUAAGAACCACAGUGGUGCUGUUGCGUGUUGCCUGCCUUCUCCACUCCACCAGAUUCCAGCUUUGAAGCCUCGGGUGGAUAACCUUUCUAGAUGGACAACGCCUGGCCUGUACAGUUUUCAUAUACCCAAAGACUCAUUUGAGCCCUUUUCCAAUCUAUUGUAAAAACCUCUUUCAGAAAACAAAAAUGGAGGAGGGGGAGGAAAAAGAGAGAGAGAGAGAGAGAGAGAGAGAGAGAGCAGGAAAA